CCAGCAUCAGCUGGUAGUGUUGACAGUCACGGCAGUAACACGCGGGUACAGAAUCUUGUCAUCUUGUUUAUCAUAGCUGCAGUGUGCCUCAACGUGGGAUACCCUCCUCACAGCAUUCUCUAAUAAUGCUCCUUAUUAAUGUGUCUAUGGCCAAGAAAAGAUAAAUAAAUUUACAUGGAUUGCAUAAAAAUCAAGAGAAGAUUACUGUGAAGAUGAAGGUUACUGUGUGGAGUGUGGUGAGCGGCGCAAUAUCUGGUCACCUUGUAGUAAAUAUACCCGCAGCUUGCACUGUCCGCAAAGUGCUUGAUACCUAUUGCAGUUACAAGGGUGUUCCUGCAGAUAAUAGGUAUGUCAUUCGAAGCCGAGACAACCUGGUCUUGAAUCCCAAUAAGACCCUCAAGCAAGCUAACAUUCAAGAUGGAGAAACACUCACAAUUGGUCUUCCAGAGGAUGAGGCGCAAAUAUUUUCAUUUGGUAGUUGGUGGAUGGUGAUGUUGGCAGCCUUUAUCAUUGGAAUUGCAGGACUUGUGAUUACAUUUUGGUUGUUUUUGGAGCCUGUCACUGGAAUUAAGAAGUUUGGUAUAGUAGUGGAUGCAGGGUCAUCUCAUAGUGAAGUGUACGUCUUCAGGUGGAAUGGCCAGAUGCCUCUUGGAACGGCUGAUGUGGAACUUCUUCAUCGUUGCUUUAUUUCAGGAGGUGUAAACAGUUUUGCAACUCAUGCUGAAGAUAUUGGUAGAUACUUUAAGUACUGCAUUGCUGAAGCUGAAACUCGCGUGCCUAAAGCUCAUCGGCCUCAUACACCACUGUAUGUCCAAGCUACGGCUGGCAUGAGAAUACUAAAAAAAUUUGAUCCGGAGGGAGCUCAAGCAAUAUUGUCAACGAUACGAGAAUUUUUUGAUGCAAACACGAGCUUCCGAGUGGAAAAUAAUAGUGUGGAGAUACUUCCAGGCACAGAAGAAGGCUUAAAUGGCUGGAUCAUUGUCAAUUAUUUGAAUAAUCACUUGAAGCAGCCUGAUAAAGCGAGUGCUGCUGUCCUGGAUGUUGGUGGGGUAUCCUUGCAACUGACAAGCGAACUAGCCCAUUCCGGCAAUUGGACAACCACAGAACUCAAACUUUUCAAUCAAUCUCACAAGGUCCACAGCCAGUCUUUUCUCUGUUAUGGAAUUGCACAAGCCCGACAUCGGUAUGAUUUUCUUCUAAUUAAUAAAACUGGAAUAAAUGUUCAGCAAGCGGCAACCAUUGAUCCAUGCAUGGCGAAAGGUACUACCCAUCAAGUGUUAGCAUCAGACAUGAGUGGACCUUGCACUCUUACAGAUAAUUCAAAACCACUCUUAUCAUCAAUCACUAAUGUAAAUUAUAAAAAACUGAAAACCAUCUUCAAAAAUUAUAAAAGUGAGCAGAAUGUUCCUCGCUCGGAAGAGGUUGCUGUAGUGACUGACAGUGAAGAUACAAAGAUGUCCAGUUCUUUUACAGUCAAAGGUUCUAGUAAUGCUAGCAUGUGUGAGGAGAAGACUAGUUGGUUGUUUGAUCAUCAGUUGUGCAAGAAGAUUUUCACUUUUGGGGACUGCUUGAACGCUCAGUCGGUACCCCAAUUCAACCACUCAAUCAUUGCAUUCUCUGGUCUCUUUGAUCAUCUGAUGCUGCUGCUCGAUGUGGGAGCAAAUAUUACUUUGCAUCAGUUUAAACAAAAGGUGUAUAGUGUGUGUUCGCUGGAGGUAGAGGCACUUUAUGCUGCUUACCCAGGACUUGAGAAGGAGGUGGUAGAAGAUCUUUGUUUUGAUGCCAUGUUUGUGUUCAAUCUCCUGACCAUUGGCUUGGGCAUCAACAACUCAACUUGGGCAAAUAUUAAUUUUACUGAUGAGGUAAACAAGAGGGAGGUGGCAUGGUCACAGGGAUUCAUGCUAUACCGCACCUCGAGCUUUGCCUCGGAUACUCCAGGCCGUUUAUUGACCCUCACUACGUUUUCACUGCUGGUACUCCUCUUCUUGGCCUUUGUUAGCAGUGGCAUUCUCUUCCUGCAACACUUAAUCAAAAUAAAGAGGCACAGCGCUUCUUACCAAAGGGUUAUUGCAGACCACAUUGAUCAGGAACUUCAUAGAUUUAUAUAAGUAAAAAUGAUUUCCGUGUUUAAUUUAUCAUUGGAUUGUACUGAACACAAAGGAACAAAUCUGAAGGGAACACAAACAUGGUGACACAGUACCUCCGACCCAUGUAACAAUAACAAUGUGAUGGUAACAUACAGCAAUAUGCUAACAUGAACCAGUAAAGUAAGUCAACAAUAUGGGCCCAGAAGCUGAAGCUCGUUUCCUGCAAACAAAUGCACGUAGAUUAUGGCAGCAAAGUAAUGCGACAAAAGCAACAUGACCACACACACACACAGCAACAUGCUGCAGUGUGACAACAUACAUGACAGUCACAGUGAGGGAAAGUUCACAUAAUGGCAGGAUGUUACCAGCAGCAUCCCACAGGAAUCAUCCCCUAAUCUAGGGGAAUGACUUAUCAGAGGGAAUAGAGUCCUUCCUCUCAAUAUUUACUGAUAAUGCAAAAAUUUCUUAGAAAGAUAGAUAAGGAAGAAAACUGCAAGAACCUAUGCAGUGACCUGGUUAAGAUGAAAGAAUGGCCAAGAAAGUGGUUAUUUGAAUUUAACUGAAGCAGUGCAAAGUAAUGAAACUGGGAACAGGAAGCCAGACUUAAUAGGACAGAAAAUCCUCUUGGAAUAGAAGAGAAAGACUUAAAGGCUGUUACUACACUGAAUCUGUCACCAUAAGCAUGCAUCAAAUAAAUAUGAGGUGCUUAUGAAAGGAUGGCCAACAUAACUGCUUUUAGGAAUAUGAAAGGGAUUCAUUCAAGUCGUUAUAUGCCAUAUACUGUACAGAAUAUCAGACCAAUUCUGGAAUAUGCGAUAUCAGUGUGGAAUCUGCAUCCUGCUAAGCAAAAAAAAAAAAUAACGCAGUAUUUCAUAAGUAUGCCACCAGACUGAUUCCAGAGCUGGGAGUUAUGGGUUAUAAGGAAAAACUAAAAUGAACUAAGAGAAGAAACAAGGAAACAUGAUUCCCACACACAAAAUUAUCAGGAAAAUAGAUUGGGCAGAUAAGAGCCAAAUUGAGUACUCAAUUGAGGCACAGACAUUGGAAACUUCUCAGAAUAAUAACUGAAAUACACCAGGAAGUGAAGCGAUGGAGGUAAGCUCCAUGCACAGCUUCAAAUGUAGAUAUGCUAUAGUUUGUACCCAAACACUAGUCAAUUAAUGGGCAAGAAGCAGCUGUAGCUCAGCUCCAACAAGUACAACCGAAUACUGCACUGUUGCAACACAGUAAAUUGACACAUUUGCAACACAAAAACAUGACCACAAUGUUUAAGUGAAGUACACAAUAACAUGGCAGCACACAGCUACAUGUCACACAGUUGUGUGACAUGACGAAUCUUACAUCGAAAUGUGAUGUACUAUUUAGGAGAAUGGGUUGACCAAAAAUCUAAAUAGUACACUUUUUUCUACUAUUCUCAUACUAAAAUACCUAAUCCCAUUUAUAGUAACACUACACAACAUGGUGUCACAUUAAAACAGCACAUCAUGAUGGUGACACAUGGUGAUGGAAACAUUGCAGCAAUGAGAGGCAACACACAAGAUGCAACAACAGCAUGAUCGUCACUGUAGGGAACUCAACUGUAUGUGUAUGUAACCUGAUCUCAAUCAUCCAGAUAAUAUCUGUGCUUCAACAGCAGAUUAACUUCAGAAUGGGUUAUAAAAUCUUCCAUGUACUCUAUGCAAUUAUAGUUUAAUUUUUCUAUUAACAUUUAAGAGAGCCAGGCCAUUCUCUUUUGGUCAAUACCCAUGGCCCAGCCAUAAUAUUAUACAUUAUUAUAACAAAAUUAUGUUUUGUAUUUCUAUUGUAUAACAAUGAAUUUUAAAAAUA